AUGGAAAGUUUACUUCGAACCUAUCGAACUAGUUUUAACCCAAUGACUAAUGGGUUUGUGUGUUACUUGCAUUCUCUUUUAGGGGUGCACAAUAAGUACGAAUGUGCUGCUAAGGAGGUUCUUUACCUAGCCGAAUCCAAUGGUGUAACCUAUACCGAUAGCGUGGCAAAUCUUGCUCAUCGUAUAAGAGGUGUAUGUGUGACAGUCAAUUCUCUCGCCAAGGUUAACUUCGAUAUGAACAAACUUCAGGUUUUCUUAAAUUUGGAAUUUGAAUUACACGCACCUCAAGCUUUAGUUCCCACGAAAGGUAAAUCAACUCUGAUUUCGAAGACGUUAUGUACGAAACUUUCUCUUAUAGAAGUGAACAUUAGACUUACUAAAGUGAAUAAUCGUUUGUCUAAAAAUGAGAAACGAUUACGUAUAAAAUUAACACAAGCACAACGCACAAAUGUAGCGAAUAAUAAGGAGGUCAAUCUCUUGCGUACGUCUUUAAAUAUACGACCUUCUAAUUCUCAAACAUUCUUCUAUAAAAACAAGGUGGAAGAACUAAAUAAAUCAUUGGAUCAACAAGAAAAGCGUCACAAUGUAGCACUAAGGGUUUCAGACAAGCGUCACGAGUUGAAAAUUGCGGCCAUGUCAAGAGAAAUGACGAAACUUAAAGAACAAUUACAUAUGGCAUAUGUGAGACGAAUAGAAUUACUAGAAAAGGGUAUAAUAGAUAUUGAUAAUUCAGCAGAUCAGAUCGAAUUUUCAGAGAUCAGUAAAAAUUCAUCUCUAUGGAAUAUCAGAAGAAAACAUGCGACAUCAGUAUCAAAUAUUACUUCAGAUUGUAUCCCCGAAAGCACUGUUACCACAUCAAUCUGUCCGGGUACUGGAAAUGUCGCUAUGCCUUCUCUUAAAUCUAUUAAUACUCAAAGUACUUUCCACAUACCAACUCAACACACGGGUAGCAAUCCGGAUAGUUCCUCCUCUCACAACUCUGACGACAUCACGGAUACUACUAAAUGUAGCAUGCAAUUGUCAACUAAUGAGUCAAGUGGAAACUACAAUCCACCAACAGCGUAUGGGGAACAUAAUAUGAAGGUAAAACUAGAAAAUGAGGAUGAUUUCAAAAUUAAAGUCGAUCCACUGGAUAACUUCGAAUACGAAACAGCGAUAGAAUCGGGAGUUGCUACGAUGUCGGAUUCUUGGAACUAUUUUGACGAACCCGAAUCCCACUCCGUUAAUCCUGCAGAUACACUUCUGAAACCUGAUGAAAUCAAGAAGGAAAAUGAUAUUGAGGUUACUGGUGAACCUGAUAAUAGAAUCCUUACUCCAGAUGAAAUAAAGAAAGAAAGAGACGAGGUUGCUAUCUCCGAGGAAACGGAUUGUAGCCAAGACUCUUUUGAUGCAUCACAUCAUGGCGAUGCAAGAUCACCUGCGAAUGUCGAAAGAUUGAAUCUGAUAUCAUCUCCCAAUCUUGCCAACCAAGUACGUCCAAAUUUUACAUUCACAACACAAAACCCUGAGCCCGUGAGUCUGGCCACAUUAGAUUUUUCGAAAACUAAAGUGCCUAGAGUCCCUGCAAAAAAAGGUCGACCUCGUAAGGCUUAUAGUCUGUUGAACAAUCCACAUAGUGAAUCAGAUCCCACAGGUUCUAGUUCUGUAGAAGGAAAACCUUCUAGUACUGAAGGCGAACAAUUCUCCAAAGACUCCACUCACGCAAUUGACAUUAGCAAUACUGUCGAAAAUUCGUCUGAAUCGCAAUCAUCAUCAAACAGGAAGAGACCAACGCCCGUGGCUCUCUACUCUUCAGGGAGCUUCCAAGACAUCAUCCGAAAAAAGUUAUCUAGUGGUUGCACGACUGUUAGAAUUAAGACAAAGAGGAAACACCCGGAAGAUGAUAGUUCUACUUUUGUAGUAAAGAAAAAAAACGAAAAUUCGGAACCACAAUUUCGAUUUAUAUCAGUUAAAAACAUUGCAGAUUUGAAUCGUGAUGAUGUGAGAGGUUUCCGGAUGGGUGGUGGCUUUUUUAUAACUGGUGAUGCAUUUGGUAUUCCGAACCAAUAUAUCUGA